UACCACAUCUAAACACUUCUUGAACACCUCCAGGAACGAUGACCCCACCACCUCCCUGGGCAGCCCUUUAUUAUAAAUAGAUAUAGAUACAGAUACAGAUAUCAGUUGCAAAGAAACCAAAAAUGCCGAUGCUCCUCUACACCCUUGCGCUCAUACCAUUUCUCCUUUGAUUGUAGAAGUCUUGUUUAGCUUCUAUCAGGGUAAACUAAAAGCAACUCUGUUCAUGUUGGGAGAGUUGCAAUAACAAUUAAAAUAAAAAAAAAAAAAAAAGAGCGUAAGCAGUAGCAGAUUGAAACUCAGUAUUUUGAGCAGCUGGGGAAAUUAUGUUCUGGCCUUAUAUUUCCAGAUACGUAUCAGACCUGUUCACAAUAUACAGGAUUGAGUUCCAAAAUUACAGCUUUGAAUCUGGGUGGUAUUGCCUCUGGGUAUUGUUUGCAGUUGGGAACGAGAGCAGUUGCAUCAAGCAGCAGAGUGUUUGCUGGGAAGGUACAAGUUAUAUUACAUUCCACGCUGUUGUGGGUGAUGAUGGAGACAGAGCCAUGCACCCCCUAGGUCACUGAUUUGGUUCCAGAUAAAAGAUAAUAGCAAUCACGUUGUCACCAGAGUUAAGGUUGGGCCUUCACUGCCCAUGUAAGACCCUGUGCUCUCAAUAUUGUGAGCUGGCACCUUGCAGCUUCUGCAUUGCCAGCUCGGUGGGUCAGACUCUGGACUGGCAGUGGCCCACAUCCUCAGCCUGAAUCCAUGCUGUAUCAAAGCUUCCCCCGCUGUCACCGGGGUAUCGUCUGGUAGGAUACUGAACUGCAUAGGCUAACUGGGCUGGGAGAGCAGGGGAGAAUGAUGGUUUAAAUCCCAAAUCCCUGCAAGACAGCAGGGUUGCCGAGCCUGCGGCUGCAAAGGCAAAGGGCUGCAGAAGGCAAGGAAUAGCAUUGCUGCUUUCACACGGAGGCUGUGUGGGGUUUUGGUGUUUGGCACAUCAGUUGGCACCUAGGAGAGCCCGCAUUUUCCUUUUAAGUAAAUCAGAUGAGCGGUUCAGCAAGAGGUGGGUAAGCCCUUGGGUCUAAAGUAUUGGAGAGCUGUAGACGUGUCUGCAGUGAGAAAUUGAUUCUGUGAUUAUUUUCCUCUCUAUACCCUCCUCUCCCCAUCUCUCACUCAUUCAUACAUAUGCAUUGCCUGCUGUGUACUGGCUGAAGUGGUUGCCUCUGUUCUGCACUGCACUUCUCAGUUGGGCUUUUUCUGUUUCCCUUUGUCCCUUUCCCCACAUCCUUUUUGUUUCCCCGCUUCUCUGGCUAUCAGAACAAACUCCCACCGUCCCUUUCCCCUCUCCUGUCCACCCUGCAGUCUCCAAGCUGCUAACAUUUGCUUCCCAGUUCUGCUCCUAAACUCUGGGCGUUUGAUGUGGGAUUCAAAAUUAGGCAAAAUGAGUUUACCCACCCCUGUUUUGCGUUAGAAUCCGAUUCACAGCGUUACCAUCCAGGCGUUUACAGUAGCCCUAAACUGUGUGGUCUUUUUUCAAGCAGACUGCACGGGCUGUAUAGGAAAACAGCUUCUUUCAGUAGCAGAGUCAGUGCUGGGCUUGUAAUUUUCCAUAGACAGUGAAAAGGGAAAUUUGCAUCUUUCCUAUCAUUUUAGCAUCCUGGCCCAGUUUGAAGUCCCUCAGAUGCAGCAGACACAAUUUCCCACCCAUAAGGAUAGCUGAGCAGGUCCCCACCUACAUAGGUGGCUUUAGGGCAAGGAGUGGGGCUCGGGCACCCCAGUGUAACUCCAUUGGUGUCAGUGGGGCAGCUAACUCGGUGUUGCCAACUGCCACACAUUUGUUACAAGCUGCACAGUUGCCAUUUUUUCUUAUGGCCUCAGCUCCUGGGGGCACGUGCUGACGUAGAGCCCCAGCUUUCAUUUCCAUCGAGGCCACAACAAACAGCUGGACACCCGUCACCCAAGCACACGCCCUCAAAGCUCAGAAAGCAGAAGGCAAAUCGAACUCGAAUCUGCGUUUAUAUUUUUGGCUCUCGUCAGAUCUUGAUUUUUGAGAUGCUUUUUGGGGGGCCUGACUUGUGACCUUGGCACGCUUUGGGUUGGCAGUGCCGCUCCUCCAUUGACAUCGGUGGAGUCAGACCAGGGACGGAUCUGGCCCGGCGCAUGUAGAAGAGAGGUGUAUGACUCUGUUCCUUGCAAUGUGUUAUUGGGUAUGAUCUGCUGUUCUUUUGGGGGCCAGAAGAAGUGGGUUUUCUUUAAAAAAUAAAUAAAAUUCUAUCAUCACUUGAUACAAAAAAUGGUAUUUACGGAAUUGUUUUCCCCCAUCUUUUGUUAUAAUUUUUUAGGUGCUUCCGAGCUGGGCCCAUUUUCAGAUCCCAGGCAGUUCACAAGCAUUUCAUCCCUCACUGAGAGCCGCUUCUCCAACCCACGAAUGCACUAUCCAGCCACCUUUACCUAUACACCGCCCGUCACCUCAGGCAUGUCACUGGGUAUGUCCGCAACCACUCACUACCACACCUACCUGCCACCACCCUACCCCGGCUCCUCCCAAAACCAAAGUGGACCUUUCCAGACCAGCAGCACUCCAUAUCUCUACUAUGGCACUUCGUCGGGAUCGUACCAGUUCCCCAUGGUGCCGGGAGGGGACCGCUCCCCUUCCAGGAUGCUUCCUCCGUGCACCACCACGUCCAACGGCAGCACGCUGCUAAACCCAAACUUGCCCAACCAGAGUGACGGUGUGGAGGCGGAUGGCAGCCACAGCAGCUCCCCAACCGUUUUGAAUUCUAGUGGCAGAAUGGAUGAGUCCGUUUGGAGGCCGUACUGAGAUUGCUUCUGCCCGGCCCGACCUCUGCGAGCCAAAAACCCAAACGGUCGACAAACUACGAAGUGCCUGGCUUUUGUUUUACUUUUUUUUCUUAA